AUGGCGGUUACCGCUGAAAACCUUCACGAUGACAAGGGCCCUAAGAUCCUAGCUGUGCUAUGGACCUUGACUGGACUAACAACCCUCAUGGUUGUAGCUAGGGUCUACAUCCGGCUGAAGGUUCUGCAGAACUUUGGUAUGGAUGAUUAUUUGAUCGUGGUUUCCAUGAUAAUGGGGCUUGCCUACUGCGCAAUCUCUACAGUGGGUGUGAGUGUGGGCUUUGGAAAACAUGCCAUGUACUUGAGCGAGGAUGAUCUAGUGAUGGCCAUUCUACUCAAUACAGUCAGCUUUUUGUUUGGGAUUCUCUCCUUCACUAUUCCUAAGAUUGCUGUCACCUCCAUGUUGACCCGGAUCUUGAAUCCCAAGCCAAUGCAUAAGGCUAUACUUUGGACGUUGGUCGGAACCGCAGCUAUCGUGUCCAUUAUCUGCAUUAUAAUCUUGUUCACAAUGUGCGAUCCGGCAGAGGCAUUGUGGACGCCCAGACUUGUGGCAGAAGGCGCCACCUGCAAGAGUACAAAAAUGCUCAUUGACUAUGCUAUCUUUACUGGAGCUGUCUCCGCGGUUGUUGAUCUAACUUUGGCCAUUUAUCCCACCACCGUUUUAUUGAAACUCCAAAUGUCUCUACGAAAGAGAUUAGCGCUAUGUGCUGCUUUAGGGCUUGGUGCAAUUGCUUCUGCAAUGGCGAUUGUCAAGUGUACCCAGCUCCACGGACUUGCCGACAAAGCCGACUACACAUACGGCACUGCCGAUCUUGUCAUGUGGACCAAUAUCGAGGCCGACGUCGUCGUUAUAGCAUCGUGCAUUCCCACCUUACAACCACUCCUCGAAAUGAUUCUCGGCAAACGAGCAAUGGGCUCCUACAGCCAAGGAAAGAGCGAUCAGUUCAAAAGCAGCAGCAAUUUUCCCUCCUCAUACAAUCGCUCCAAACAGUCAAAAACUCACGAUGACCUCGGCUUCACCAACAUUGACCGAGAGAGUCAAGAAAGUAUUCUUCCCACCGAUGACAACGGGAAAAAUAGCAAUAAUAGCCAUCCUCUGACGCAGAUCCACCGCACUGAUGAUGUGACCGUGGAAUACGAAUCAUCUGCACCAAAAUCAGGACCCGGAUAUACUUCUUGGUGA